AGAAGUAAAAUGAGCAACAGCCGUUAACGCACAGUUAAAUCGGAGGGACUUUAAUCUCCAACAACUGUCAAUCAACAUUAAUGGACUAUAUAAAGCCGUAUUAUCGUCAUACCGGUAGUCAGACAGUGCUGGGAUUGAAAAGGCUGAGCAUAGUCGAAGUCGUAAAAUCCAAAUUGUGUUGGUUGGCGCACGCAAUGUUGGCAUUGGCUCUCAAUGUCAGCUAUUGUCACUGCAUGUUCGUACUGUGCCUAUUAUAACAAAGACUUAUGUGUCAACCUCUGAUAUUCAAACUCGAGUGAUGAUAAUUCUGUCGUAGAGGGGUAGUGUUAUGGAGAAGACUUAAAAUUCCAACAUCUGGCAUCCACGCACUUUGGGAAGGUGUGCAUUGCCUAUGUGGAUACUCCAAUUGUAUUCUCAGAAAAGGGCAUCUUUAUACCUCAAAGUCGUAAUGGAACUAAAUAACUUGGGACACGCUUUGCUUUUCCCGUUCCACAUCCUCUUCUGCAUAUUAAAAGCAUGCUUUGGGUUGUUGCUCCCGAGCAGACGGAAGGACCUACGUGGAGAGGUGGUGCUGAUCACCGGCGGUGGACGGGGCAUCGGUCGGCAUUUGGGGAAAGAGUUCGCAAAACAUGGGGCAAAAAAGGUGAUCCUGUGGGGCCGCACUGAGAGGUGUCUGAAGGAGACCUGCGAGGAGAUCUCUCUCACCACCGGAGUCGAGUGCCACUACUUCCUGUGUGACGUGGCCAAUCGCGAGGAGGUGUACAAGCAGGCCAAGGUGGUCCGAGAGAAGGUAGGCGACGUCACCAUUCUGGUGAAUAACGCAGCAGUGGUUCAUGGGAAGAGUCUGAUGGACAGUGACGAUGAUGCCCUGAUGAAGACUCAACACAUCAACACACUGGGCCAGUUCUGGACCACCAAAGCUUUCCUACCCCGCAUUCUGGAACUUUGUCAUGGCCACGUGGUGUGCAUCAACUCCAUUCUGUCCCUGUCCUCCAUCCCGGGGGCCAUAGAUUAUUGCACCUCCAAGGCAUCGUCCCUGGCCUUCAUGGAGAGCCUGACCCUGGGCCUGCUGAACUGCCCCGGGGUGGGCUGCACCACCGUGCUCCCCUUCCACACCAACACAGACAUGUUUCAGGGCAUGAGAGUCAGGUUCCCUCAGCUCUUCCCACCGCUGAAUCCUGAGCUGGUGGCCCAGCGGACGGUGGACGCAGUCCGGACCAACACGCCGUUCGUCUACUUACCAUGGACAAUGCACGCUCUCGUUAUCCUCAAGAGCCUCCUGCCUCAGGCGGCCCUGGAGGAGAUCCAUCGCUUCUCAGGGUGCUACACCUGCAUGGACACCUUCAAGGGACGGACAUAGGAAUGGAGGCCAGGCACGAGUACUGCCCUGGUCGUUCUUGAAUUGCGAUGGCAUUCGCGUCACUUGCCUUUGCAACCAUGAAAAACACAUUUAAAAUUACAUAGUUACACAUUAUAAAUGUUUUUGUAUAUAUUGAACUGUUUAUAAAUGGUAAAACAUAAUGCAAGUCCUUUAUCCUGCAGAACUGUAGGUUUAGGCAUUGUUUAAAGUACUUAGGGUAAGCAAAUUGGCUUGUCCCACUAGUGAUGUGUAGAAUUGUAGUGUUUUAGAGAUACUGUAUCUAUCUAUUAUUUUGAAUGCUAGAAAGUGAACUAAACUAUUUAAUAUAUUGUAUAGAUCAAUUAAAACAAAGGCUAUUUAAAUACCUAUUUUCUUCACUAGUAUAACGUGUCCCUCAGUUUCAUGUCAUUGGUGUUAUCGCCUUGAAAAUCACGCAUUACAAAGAUCAACAAGGACUCCAGUGGCAAACUGUUAUCGGGGAAGGGUCUAUAUUAAAGAGAACUCUUAGCUAAUCACACCAUUUUAGUAUGUCAUAAAUUGAAGGAUUCCAUUGUGUCUAAAUCCAGUGUCAGCUGGUAUUUAAAGGGAAAAAACAUUGUGAGCAAAAUAAUUAAUCAUAUUACUUUUAAAGGAUUGUUCACUUUAGAUUUAAGCAUUUGUGGCCUCCAUGUUAGAAAAUCCGUAUUCACCUAAAAUGUCUCAUUGGUGUUACCAUCAUUGGUGUUAAUAAUCCAACUGGUGGCACAAUGUUAACCUAAUGGUAAAACAUUUUUAAAGUCAUUAAGCUACCAUAUUAGUUUAUUUAGAAUGGGAAAAUGUACCCAAAUACAUAAACUAGAAAAAUGAAGUUAAUUUUCUCCAAUGCCAUGCACAAAUGCCACUGUAAUUCAAGAAUUACCUGCUCAUCUGCACAUCAGAAGCAUUAACCUCGUGGCUUGGCACUAAGAACUACACAACAGCUUCCCAUCUAAAAAUGAAAUUACAGUUGCUAAUGGUAAUGUAUACAGGGCCUUCAGAAAGUAUUGAUGCCCUUGACUUAUUCAACAAUUUGAUGUUUUACAGUCUGAAUUCAAAAUGGAUUAAAUCCCAAAAUUAUCUCUCACGCAUCUACACACUACUCCAUAAUGACAAAGUGAAAACAUGUUUGAAAAUGUAUUGAAAAUUAAAUAAGUAUUCACA